ACUCGUGGUCUCGGUCGUGUCGCGGGGAGCGGCUUCGCGAUCGGGAUUCGGAGCGGUGUCGUCUGCUCCGUCGGGAUGAUUUGUGCCGGUGGUCUUGGUCGGACCGGUCGUCAUCGUCGUAGGAUUCAUGCCGCCGUCUGUGUUUGUGCGAGCGCUCCCUGUCUCCUGACGGCGAGCGACUCCUGCGCCGCCGGCGAUGCGCGUGCCGGUGGUGGUCCUUCCUGUCGCGUUCUGACUCCUUGGUGUCCGAUGAGCGGUGGGGGCGGUGACGACUGUCGCGGCCGUGGUCGUGGUCGUCCAUCGACAACAGACGGUUCCUUCUCAGCUGCUGCAUCUUAUCCCGGGCCUCUCUCUCCUCCUUGCGUUUCAGCGCCGCGUUAUGGCUGUCCGUCUGAUUGAUGAUGUGGCGCAAGAAUCGGGUGUUGGGUUUAGGGGCCGCGCCGGUCGGUCGUCGCGGCAGAUACGCCUCUGCUCCCUGUCUCGCGUAGUUGGCGGAGUUGUCCCGCGCCUCACGCGCGAGGACUCGCGCCACGUAGUCAUCGCUGCUCAAAUCGUCCAUGGUUCCUAAUCGAUUGGGAGGCAUGUAGCUCGCAGCGUCACCUCCGAGGAAUGCGACGAGGGCAGUCCAGGGAUAUGGGAUGUUGAUUGGGAGGCGAUGCGUUGGCGCAGAAGUCGAUUGUCGGAGAGCGAUGAGACUGCAAACCGGACAAACGUAUCACAUGACCUGACGUCAGACAUAUCAGGCAGCGUUGCGCAC